UGAAUGGAACAUCCUGAAAGUGGUUGGCUCGCGGGGCAGUAGCAACUGACAACAUCGCAGGGGGCAACUUCACUUCGCUUCACUUUACCGACCGACAGUUGGAAGAUACUUACCAUCAGCGUAUAUCCUCGUAAAUUCCCCCCGUCGUCAUUUAAUUACGCCAAAGCAAUGUUCAUUUUGAUAUUUCUCAAUUUGUUUUGAAGCGACACUCACUAAAAGAAACGCGGCUUGAAGUAGCAGGCUUCUGGUUUUUGGGAAUGCUUCCGAAGUCUGCCAGUAAAGAGCAGAGAGCGGCAGUCCUAUCUGUCAAUUCCCAUCUGAAGACAUGUUGUACUGGACUCUGCCUGACUGGAAAGUACUGCUGCUGAUUGUGCUUCUGUGGAACCGCCUCUCCGCUUUGGAGCUGAAACCCACGAGAUGGCCACUGUACUCACAAAAGCCUCUACUUCUCGCUUGGAAUGCCCCGACCGAGGACUGUGCCCCAAGACAUGGUAUUCACUUUCAGCUGGACCUCUUCCAGAUCGUGGCCUCACCCAAUGAAGGCUUUGUUAGGCAGAACCUCACCAUCUUCUACAAGGAGCGCCUGGGCUUGUACCCCUUCUUUAAGCCAGAUGAAACGGCGGUAAACGGGGGGCUGCCGCAGGUGGCUAGUCUCACGCACCACCUGGAUAAGAUGCCGGAGGGAGUGCAGAAGUAUAUACGGGAACCAGACGCCACGGGUCUGGCAGUUAUUGACUGGGAGGAGUGGCGCCCGCUGUGGAUACGUAAUUGGGAAAACAAAGAUGUUUACCGCAAACAUUCUCGUGAGUUGGUGCGUCAGAAGAACCCGAUAUGGCCUCCGGAACAGGUGGCAAAAGUAGCCCAGCAGGAGUUUGAGAUAUCUGCCAGGAAGUUUAUGUUGGAGACGCUGCGGUAUGCCAAGAACCUGAGGCCCAACCAGCUGUGGGGUUUCUACCUGUUCCCCGACUGCUACAAUCACGACUACAGACGCACUCUGGAGAACUACACAGGCCGCUGUCCUGACGUGGAGGUGGCCCGCAACGAGCGGCUGAAAUGGUUGUGGACUGAGAGCACGGCCCUCUUCCCUUCUAUCUACUUGGCCACUGUGCUACGUUCCUCAAACUCAGGACGUCAGUUUGUCAGGAACCGAGUAAAGGAGGGGAUGCGUUUGGCAUCAUCAGGCGAUGGGUUGGCACGUCCUGUCUUUGUGUACACCCGGCCCACCUACAUCAACUCCCUGGAACAGCUGACAGAGACUGACCUCGUCUCCACCAUCGGGGAGAGCGUGGCUUUGGGAGCAGCUGGAAUCAUCAUGUGGGGAGAUGCAGCUUAUGCAGGCAAAAAAGACAGCUGCUCUGACCUGGACACAUAUCUGCGGGGUCCGCUGAGUCAAUACCUCCUCAACGUUUCCACGGCAGCAGAGCUAUGCAGCCAGACCUUGUGUGGUUCUCACGGCCGUUGUCUGCGCAGAAACCCAGACAGUGAUGUUUACUUGCAUCUGAACCCCCUCCAUCACUCUAUCAUCACACUGGGCGGCAAGGCGAGGGUCAUCGGUGACCUCGGCGAUGAAGAGAAGACCAAUUUUCACACCAGCUUUCAAUGCCAGUGCUACAGCGGCUAUCAGGGCGUGGGCUGCGAUCAGAAAGACCCUCUGCACCAAAGAGGGACGGCAUGUCAAAUCGUGGCGUCAGCACUGCAGUGUGCCAUCUUACUGAUUAUCUCUGUGCUCCUCUUUUGAAAAACCAAAAUACUGACAUGGCUGCAUUUUAUAUGUCUAAAUACCGGCACACAUUAGACAGGAAUUGUAAGGAGUGAGGAGUGUCUUUUUUUUCUCUUUAUUUGCUGUAAAAUAUGGAUGACACAAGGUGAAAUUUUAUAAGAAACACUGUGGAAAUUGCAAAGUUAUAUUUGUUUAUAACUUUUAAUCUUUUUUUAAACAUCGGAGGGCUCGCUGGAAAUGACCUUGUUUACAUUUUGCUCUCUGUUUCCCCUCAGUCACUGUUUCCCAAGGUGUCAAAUUCCAUGUUUCUCAUAGUGAUGAUGGUUUUUUCAGGGGGGAAAUGUGCCGAAUGAGUCGAGUUGGUAGGCGUGUGGUGAAAGUGGAAUUGAUGCACUUAAAUCUGGUGAUAGCACAAUGUAUCUGAAGUGCCUGAUCUUUUUUCAACAUCGACCUCUCUUUGACAUCUGAUGUUCCUCUGGAGGCAGUUGCAGUAUUACUAUUUAUUUGAAUGUAUUUUUAGGUGUUUUAUAUGAUAUUUUCUUAUUUUUGUGUCCAAAACAUGACUACUAGUU